UAAGGGGUCAGUCCAGGAGUUGUCCUCGAAAGGAGAGGAACUAACUCUGCGUGUGUGUGUGUGUGUGUGUGAGAAAUGAGUGUGUGUGUUCUGUUUGCUUAUAAUGAUUUUUAAGGUCAUUUUUUCAUCCUGUACACAGAGGACAUAAUAAUAAUAAUCCACAGCCAUGAGCCGGACCACCUUCUUUGAGGUGGAGGUCCUGGAUGCCAAGACAAGAGAGCAGCUUUGUUUUUUAGAUAAGGUGGAGCCCUGCUCAACAAUAGGAGACAUCAAGAGCCUUUUUCACAAAUCAUAUCCUCACUGGUAUCCAGCAAGACAGGCCCUGAAGCUUGAUCCCAAGGGAAAAUUACUCAGAGAUGAUGAAAUCUUACAGAAUUUACCAGUUGGGACCACUGCCACCAUGUACUUCAGAGAUCUUGGUCCACAGUUAGGUUGGACUAUGGUGUUUCUGGCCGAGUAUAUCGGGCCCCUUCUCACCUACCUCCUCUUCUAUUUUCGAGUACCGUACAUUUACUCACACAGACAUGCCUUUACCUCCAGUCCCCAUCCUGUUGUCACACUAGCCUGUGCCUGUCACACCUUCCACUAUAUGAAGAGGUUGAUAGAGACUAUCUUUGUCCAUCGUUUCUCUCAUGGGACAAUGCCUCUCAGGAUAAUAGUCAGGAAUUGUGCCUAUUACUGGGGUUUCUCUGCUUGGUUGGCCUAUUAUAUUAACCACCCUCUUUAUACACCUCCAUCUUACGGAGACCUACAAGUCAGUUAUGCACUAAUCAUAUUUGUGGUGUGUGAACUGGGAAACUUCUCCAUUCACUUGACUCUGAAUAAUCUCAGAGGAGAUGGACCCAGGGGGAGAAGGUACCCUGUUCCAACUAAGAACCCCUUCACAUGGCUGUUUUUCUUUGUAUCCUGUCCAAAUUAUACGUAUGAGGUUGGAGCUUGGCUGAGCUUUUCCGUCAUGACGCAGUGUCUUCCAGUGGCAUUUUACACAUUAUUGGGGUUCAUUCAGAUGACGAUCUGGGCCAGAGGGAAGCACAAAGCCUACAGCAGGGAGUUCAAGGACUAUCCCAGCCUCCGGAUGGCCAUUGUCCCGCUUAUUCUGUGAUCGUGGCUUAAACUGGGCCAUAUAUUCACUCCUUACAAGUGUGUCAUGAAAAUAAGAAGCUGCUACUGCUGAGUCGAGCACUAUGCAAUUUUUUUUUUUUUUUACUAAUGAAUGAACUAAAAGGAGUGGGAAUAGGAGCAAUAAUAUUAUGGCAUUAUACCGUAAAUCUUUAAUAAGCUGUUCAGUUUCAAAAAUUGGUUUUAGUUUUGAUUUGGCAUUGUGAUAUGAAGUUAAAAAUUAGAUUAGAUAAAUCUUCAUUGCUGUGACAUUUUCUAUGCUGUGUUGACAAUGACUACACAUAUUUAUUUAUUUAUUUUGGUGUCCGAAUGCUUACACUAUAUCAAAGGUUUCAGGAUAAGUGAAAGAAAUAAAACGUAUUCUCAUAAUGAAGUGCCUCUGGCAGCAAACUAUCAAAUUAAAAAAUGUCAUAGCAUCCAACAUUACUUUGAAGCUCUCAGGAGGAAUGCUGAUGAAGCAGACAAUUAAUUAUACUAAUAUUAUGCUUCUCCAGUGUAUAUCUCAGAUUGUUUUCUUCAGAGAAAAGGUAAUUGUGCUGUAGAGAAGUAUCUUGUGGCAUUAAUGUGUAGAGGGCUUAUCAGGUAGUCAGUGAUAACUGCUGAGGUUCUCUAGCCCUCACUGUCUAAUCUCAGGUUUUAUUAAAAUGUUAAAAACUGUUUUCUAUAGAAGUGAAUGUAAGGCAUCUGAGGUCAAACAGCGUGUCUGAAAAAAGGUCCAUAUCCUAAGGAAAAAUUCAACUUUAUUUGACAUGAUGCUCCUUUUAAAAAACAUCACUUCUAAUGACACCAGGAACUGGUUUCCAUCUGACAGUUUAGCAAAGUCGCACAUGUAUAUGUUAGUUAGUGAGUUAGUUGGUUUAUUGUCCACAAGGGGAAAUUCAUGAAGCGCAAAAAUUAAACAAGACAUUAGUGGCAUAAAAAUAUCGAAUGACAUCGAAAUGAUUUUCAUAGCAGCAAGGAAAUUUUGUAAAAAUUAUGAGCUAUAUUGCACUACUAGCAGAUUUUAUUUUAGCAGAUUGCCAAAAUUCUUGGUCAAAAUUGUUAUGCUUCAACUAAAGCUGCAUUAAUAAAGUGCUAAGGCUA